UCUGUGAAACGCGGCCGCCCGGACUGUAUUCAGAGGAGCACAUGGGACCGGAAGUGAAGCGCACAUGUGAAGAUGGGGAAACAGAGGAAACCUGGGCAGCAGAAAGCAGGAUUUAAAAACAGACAGAAUAAAUGUGCUGUUGUGUUCGAUGAGAAAGAGAGACAGGAGUUCCUCACUGGGUUCCACAAGAGGAAGGUGGAGAGGCGCAAAGCGGCGGUGGAGGAGAUCAAGAACAAACUGAAAGAGGAGCAGAAACGACUAAGAGAGGAGAGACAUAAAGAAUACCUGAAGAUGCUGAAGGAGAGAAAGGAGGCUCUCGAAGAUGCAGAUGAACUUGAUGAUGUCGUCACCUCGACUACAGAGUCCCUGCAGUACGAUCACCCAAACCACACGGUUACCGUGACGACCAUCAGUGACCUCGACCUGUCCGGAGCUCGACUGCUGGAGUCUCUGAGCAGCCAGGCAGCAGGAGCGAGUGAUGGUGAUAAAGGUGAAGGUGAUGAAGAGGAGAAAAUAGAAGCAUUACCCAGGAAAGCUGGAAACCCUCUCCUGUCUAAAAAGAUCCAGUCUCUGUCAGCAUCGCUUCACUCCUUCACCAAACAGAAGAAGAGAAAAGGUAAAGCGGACACUAGGUGGCGAAAUCAGCAGAGCGACAGGAAGUCAUCGGUUGCCAUGGGCAACAAGCAUCGCCUCGGCAAGACAACAAAGAAGCAGCGACGGAAGAGAACGGGUCUGAGAGGGCGGAGUCAGGACUGAGGAGCUCCUGAGGAUCUUCAUUACAAACCAAAUAACAACCAGAAGAUGUGAAGAAACCAAAUCGAACCGUUUACAGAACCUGCAGAGACGUCCCUCAGUACCGCUGCCGUACCGCUCAGAACUCCUCCAGCGGUUCUGGAACCUGGUUCUGACCUGCUGAUUCACCACACCACAGUCUAACACGGGUCAGGGGUGUGGCCUGUUGUCAUGGUAACCGGGGAAGCUACAAAUUUAAAUCCUGAACUCGAGAGUGUGUGUGUGUGUGUGUGUGUGUGUGUGUGUGUGUGUGUGUGUGAGAUGUGCUCUGAAUGAAAUGACAUUCUAAAUGAAAGUGUGUGUGUGUGUGUGUGUGUGUGUGUGUGUGUGUGUGUGUGUGUGUGUGUGUGUGUUUACACACGUCUCUUAAACAGGAUCUCAAACACUUGUUCAGUUUUAAAUAAAUAAAUAAAUAAAU